UUAAAUGAAAGAAAUGCAUCAACCUCUUUGCCUAAAACUAGACAACCAGCCAUGUACACAAUUCCAAAGGUCCCACAUUAAACAGCAACACAUGAUUUUGCUUUGCCUAACUAACUGAGUGUGGCAACUUUAGCUACAAUCUCAAUAAACUGCUUCCACGAGCCACAUCAAUCAUCAACCAGACAGCUAGUAAUCAAACGUUUUGAAAGAUCACAUACAUUCAAUCUUAGCUUAAUCCACAAAUUUAAGGCCCCAUAUCAGCAUGACUAACGGACAACAUCAGAUGGAUUUGCCUAAUCGGUGAGUGGAAAAAAUUUCAACUCCAACUCAAAUCCUUCUCCAGCCCCUAGUAUAUAAAUAAUCCCCCUUCUAUAAGCCUUUUCAUCAUCAACCACAAGCAUUAUCUAUUCAGCUAUCAAGCGUCUCUAACUUUAUUGUUUCCAAUCUUCAAGAGAAAAAACAAUGCUAAGUGCUAAGAAACUUAUCAAGAUGGCUAGGAAAUGGCAGAAGUUUGCAGCCAUGCAGAGGAAGAGGAUUUCACUUCCAAGAAAUAGAAACGAUGCAGACAGUUGUAGUACAUCUUCAUCAUUUAUGGCCGGAAAAGGCCAGUUUGUAGUGUAUACAACUGAUCAAAAGCGCUUUGUGAUUCCAUUGGCUUAUCUAGAAAAUGAGCUCAUUUUGCAACUUUUAAAUAUGUCUGAAGAAGAGUUUGGUCUGCCAAGUGGCGGUCCUAUUAAAUUACUGUGUGAUUCAGCCUUCAUGGAGUACCUUGUUUCACUAAUCAAGAAAGGUGCAACAGCUGAAGAUCUUCACAAAGCAUUGAUCCUCUUGCUUAGUUCAAGUUGCUCUUCAACUUCUUCAUUGCACCAAGAAUGGAGAAACCAGCAACUCCUUGUUUGUUGAGUAAUGUUCAUUAUCUUUAGUAAAUGAUAGCUCAAGAUAGAUUAUCAGAUUAAAAGUAGGUAGUUGAAAGUGUGUGUACAAAUGGAAUCGAGAUUUAUAUGAAAUUUAACCAGAUUGAAAUCUUUCAUUUCUCAAUUGGUGAUUGAAAACUUCUAGCAUUCUCAUCUUGGGAUGGCACUAAAAAGGGCAGCGCGGUGCACUAAGCUCCCGCUAUGUGCGGGGUCCGGGGAAGGACCAGAUCACAAGGGUCUAUUGUAUGCAGUCUUACCUUGCAUUUCUGCAAGCGGCUGUUUCCACGGCUCGAACCCAUGACCUCCUAGUCACAUGGCAGCAACUUUACCAGUUAAGCCAAGGCUCCCCUUCUAUAUAUAAGAAAUCAAGUAAUUGCCUGGAGUGGUUUAUUUAUGUAGACUCACAAAACCAUAGUUAUACAAUAUGCAUAGCUAGAAAUGAAGAAAAAAGCAAGCUUCAAUUUCGAAUAAAUUAUAAACCACCUGUACUAUGGCCUAAUUGGUCCAAGAACAGAAACUGCAUUCUUUGUAUGUCUAAUAUUUUUCUCAAAGGACCUCUCUCCAUGGAACAAAAAGAAGUACAAGUAAUUUGCACAUGUGUGCAACUUUUUAAACGUUUAUCUUGCGCUCAGGUUCAAUUUCUUUUAAUAGAAAUAGUAUGAGAGAAAAAGAAGCAAUAAAUAAAGAAUGAGAUGGUGGAUUUUGAAGUCAACAUAUGUGAACCAUUGAAUUCUGAAAUUGUAUUAGCUGUUCGAGCAAUUCUGUUCAAGAAACUAAGCUGAACAAGCCCUUUUCUCACACUGCACUCUUAUCCAUUAGACAAGGUGGUAUCUAAGUUACUUUAUGCUGGCCACAGAGGUCUUUGAGACACCUCGGACGUCAUAAUUUUUUUAACUCGGGCCUGAUUUCGCCAUUUUAUCUCUUUCUCACUUCUUUAUCAUCAUUUUUUGCUUCAACCACGUCUAUUGAUCCACACAAUUGAAAUACGAUGAAUUUCAUAAGAUUGAGCAGAAAUACAUACUAAAAGAACUACAAAAGUGUAAGUGAACGACACUGAAUAAGUGGUAAAAUCACCACUUAUCCCUUUACGUUGUCCAUUUGGGUACUUUGUAAAAUGAGCAUUUGAGUAUAUAACUACAGAAACUAGUAUGAAGAAGGGGAACUAACAAAUCACAAGAAAAAAUAAUUUUGUUUCCGUGAAGCAUGAUCAUUGCGAAGUCAUUAAAAUAGUAGCAUUAACCUUUUCCAUGAA